AUGGGGAGUGGCGGAACCAUGGCCCGGGCACCGGGACGGGGACAGGGACAGAAACCGGCCCGGGGACCGCGACAAAAACUGGCAUCAGGACCGAAACAGGGACAGAGACCGGGACCGGGACCGAAACAGGGACAGAGACCGGGAUCGGGACCGAAACAGGGACAGAGGCCGGGAUUGGGACCGAAACAGGGACAGAGACCGGGAUCGAGACCGAAACAGGGCCGGGGACCGGGACCAGGACAGGGGCAGAAAGCGGGAUCGGGACAGAAAGCGGGACCGAGAUCGGAACAUGGACCAGCCGUCCCACUGCGCAAAAGGAAGGAGAAGAAGGACAACAUGAAGCCCAAACACCCCGACGAGCAGGAGAUCCCGUUCCGCCUGCGGGAGCUCAUGCGGAGCCGCGAGGCCCUGAGGCGCCCAGGGCCGGGGAAGAGGCCGGUGGCAGAGGAGAAGCAGCAGCAGAAGUCCAAGGGCCCCAGGGCCCCGGGGGACAUCCCUGUGCCCAGGUUCCGCAGGGGCAGGGGGGAGUCGGAGCGCUCCUACAUCUGCCGCAUGGAGCAGGAGGUGCAACACGUCCUCUUCCUCACGGAGAACCAGCUCCAGCGAGAGCCCGAGAAGGAGGGGACGGCUCCAGAGAAGUCCAAAAGGAAAAAAGAGUUUCAGAAAAGGAAGCUGGAAAAAGUUCGGAAGAAAAAGGAGGAGAAGAAGGAGGCCAUGCUGGAGAAGAGCCUGUUCCAAGACACGGUGCCCUUUGGAGAAGUGGUGACACAGCCUCCCACCAUCACCUCACGGCCCAGGGGACGGGGUCCUGCCGAGCAGGCUGGGCGCAAGCAGCUCCUCCUGACGCCCCGCCUGGGCCAGGGCCCAGCGUCCCCCAUGUCCCCCGUGUCCCCGGUGAUGUCCAUGGCUCGCCGGCGCAUCCUGGAGGAGGAGCGGGCGCGCGUCAUCCAGGCCUACAGGGACAUCCAGAGGCGCAAGCAGCUGCAGCGGGCCCGGGCUGGUCCAGGCUGAGCACUUUGGGACUCGGGAGGGGCCCUGCCCUGAUGCUCCUGUGUCCCUGCUGAGCCCCGGGGCUUCCCGCAGCUCCACACUCCACGGCUCAGCGCUGGAGCGGGGUCCCUGCGGUGCCACGGACUCCGCUUGGAGUAAAAAGUGCCAGUGGGAGCCGGUGGUGUGAGCGUGUCUGUGCUCCCAGAUCCUUAGGGAUCCCUUAGGGACACUGAUGUGGUGGCAGGUGGCAGCCCCAGGCAUGUCACUGUUGCCACGGGCUGGCCCUGGCAGGGCUCUGGUGGGGGCAGGAGCCUUCUUCCUCAGCCAUGAGGAGACCCCAGUGCCUGGCCAGCCCGGUGGGGGGACAGUGGGGCAGUGCUGGGGACAUGGAGGACUCCCCUGCACGGUGUCACUUGCCUUUAGUGUCACUAUUGGUGACCCUGCUUGCGCCCUGGGGCUGCAGCCACCCACAGCCCUGCCCUUGGCAUCGCAGCCCGUGUCCCUGCCUGGCCCUGCUCACGGUGACCCCGGUGCCAGGUGCGCUGCCACGUCCCCACCGC